AUGCAAAUCAUCUACGUUCUCGUAACUGUCACCGCAAAGAUCACAAUCUGUUGUUUCUACCACCGAGUCUUCCCAGGGAAGCGAUCACAAAUAGCUGCGAAGGUCGCAAUUGCGGUGCUCAUAGUCCGCGGGCUCAUCUUUUUUUUCCUGCUCGCGUUCCAAUGCGUUCCGCUUACCGCAAUCUGGGAUAAAUCGGCCAAGGGACACUGUCUCAACCUCAAGGCCAUCGGGUACGCGGGUGCUAUCUCUGGUAUCGCCGAGGAUGUGGUACUUCUCAUUAUGCCGAUCCCCGAGCUUCUGCACCUGCAGCUAGGACUCAAAAAGAAGCUCGGCUUGAUCUUUAUGUUCUGCCUCGGCUCAUUCGGCUGUAUUGCGAGCGUCGUUCGACUUAAGUCCUUAGUCUCCUUUGCUAAUAGCUUCGACCCAACAUGGGAUAAUGCAGAUGUCGUGAGCUGGAGUGGCGUAGAGAUGAACGUGGCCGUUGUGUGCGGCAGCUUGGCGGCACUGCGGGCCCUGAUUAACUAUCUAAUACCUUUCUUUACUACCGUAAAGGAGGACACAAGCGAAAGCAUGUAUUCUUUACAAGAGGAUAGAAAAGAAGGGGCGAUUGAAGUAUGA